ACCAUUUCCUCUCUUCCUUAUAAUACUCUCUCUCCCGUUUACCCUCUCACCAACCGUCCUUCUUCUUUCUUUCACUUCUUUUGUUUGCCAUGGCUUCAAACCCCAUGGCUGGUCUUGUUGCUGGUUCUCAUACCCGAAACGAACUCCAUGUUAUGCAUGGUUCUGAAGAGAACCGGCCACCGACCCGCCAGUCUGCACCAAAAACCUGUCGAGUUUGUGGUGAUGAGAUUGGACUUAAAGAGAAUGGUGAGCUGUUUGUGGCGUGUCACGAAUGUGGGUUCCCGGUUUGCAGGCCUUGUUAUGAGUAUGAAAGGAGUGAAGGCAACCAAUGUUGCCCUGGCUGCAAUACUCGCUAUAAGCGUCACAAAGGUUGUCCUAGAGUUUCAGGAGAUGAGGAAGAAAACUUUGAUGCUGAUGAUUUUGAGGAUGAGUUUCAGAUCAAGAACCGCUAUGACGAUAACCAAGAUCAGAAUCAUGUCACUUCUCGCUCGGAGCAUGGGGACUAUAACCAACAGGCAUGGCAUCUCAACGGUCCAGGUUCCUUUGCAGGAAGCGUUGCUGGAAAGGAUUUUGAAGGUGAGAAAGAGGCUUACAGUAGCGCGGAGUGGCAAGAAAGAGUUGAGAAGUGGAAAAUUAGGCAAGAAAAGAGAGGUUUAGUCACCAAAGAUGAUGGAGGCAAUGACCAAGGGGAUGAAGAUGACUUCCUUUUGGCCGAAGCUAGGCAACCACUGUGGCGAAAAGUUCCAAUCCCAUCAAGCCAAAUCAGCCCAUAUCGCAUAGUCAUCAUCCUCCGUUUCAUAAUUCUGGGGUUUUUCCUUCGUUUCCGUAUCUUAACUCCAGCCUAUGAUGCUUUUCCAUUAUGGCUUAUCUCUGUAAUUUGUGAAGUAUGGUUCGCCUUCUCUUGGAUUCUUGAUCAAUUUCCGAAAUGGUGUCCCAUAACCCGUGAAACCUAUCUGGACCGCCUGUCCUUCAGGUUUGAGCGCGAGGGCGAAGCCAAUCGCCUUGCCCCAGUUGAUGUUUUUGUGAGUACAGUUGACCCUCUUAAGGAGCCACCAAUCAUUACAGCAAACACAGUUCUAUCAAUCUUGGCCUUAGAUUAUCCUGUUGACAAGGUGAGCUGUUAUGUAUCUGAUGAUGGUGCUUCCAUGCUGCUUUUCGACGCACUCUCAGAAACCGCUGAGUUUGCAAGGAGAUGGGUACCAUUCUGUAAGAAGUAUGCUAUUGAACCAAGGACUCCUGAAUUCUAUUUCAAUCAGAAGAUUGACUACUUGAAAGAUAAAGUGCAGCCUACUUUUGUAAAGGAGCGCAGAGCCAUGAAAAGAGAGUAUGAAGAAUUCAAAGUGAGGAUUAAUGCCUUGGUGGCAAAGGCUCAGAAAAAACCAGAAGAAGGGUGGGUGAUGCAGGAUGGUACCCCAUGGCCUGGGAACAACACUCGUGAUCAUCCUGGCAUGAUUCAGGUCUAUUUGGGAAGUGAAGGUGCACUUGACGUAGAGGGUAAGGAGCUGCCUCGUCUUGUGUAUGUUUCGCGUGAGAAACGGCCUGGUUAUAACCACCACAAGAAAGCCGGUGCCAUGAAUGCUCUGGUUCGAGUCUCUGCCGUGCUUACCAAUGCACCCUUCAUGUUGAAUUUGGAUUGUGACCACUACAUCAACAACAGCAAGGCUGUAAGAGAAGCUAUGUGUUUCUUAAUGGACCCCCAGCUCGGGAAAAAGCUCUGUUACGUCCAGUUUCCCCAGAGGUUCGAUGGUAUUGAUCGUAACGAUAGAUAUGCUAAUCGCAAUAUUGUGUUCUUUGAUAUUAACAUGAAAGGCCUAGAUGGGAUACAAGGACCAGUUUAUGUUGGCACAGGAUGUGUCUUCAAUCGGCAGGCAUUGUACGGUUAUGAUCCACCUGUGUCUGAGAAGCGGCCUAAGAUGACCUGUGACUGCUGGCCUUCAUGGUGCUGCUGUUGCUGUGGUGGUUCCAGGAAGUCAAAGUCAAAGAAGAAAGGGGAAAAGAGAAGCUUGUUUAGUGGACUGUACUCCAAGAAGAAGAAAAUGAUGGGCAAGAACUAUGUGAGAAAAGGGUCUGGACACGUCUUUGAUCUCGAAGAGAUUGAAGAAGGACUUGAAGGAUACGAAGAGUUAGAGAAGUCAUCACUUAUGUCACAGAAAAAUUUUGAGAAGAGAUUCGGACAGUCACCGGUUUUUAUAGCUUCCACUCUCAAGGAAGAUGGUGGCCUCCCUGAAGGAACUGGUAGCGCAUCACUUAUCAAGGAAGCCAUUCACGUGAUAAGUUGUGGCUAUGAAGAAAAAACAGAGUGGGGUAAAGAGAUUGGAUGGAUUUACGGUUCAGUUACAGAAGACUUGACAGGAUUUAAGAUGCACUGUAGGAUGGAAGUCAGUGUACUGUAUGCCAAGAGACCAGCAUUCAAGGGAUCAGCUCCUAUUAAUCUAUCAGAUCGAUUGCACCUUCUGCGAUGGGCUCUUGGUUCUGUUGAAAUUUGUCAUCGUCACUGUCCAUUGUGGUAUGGUUAUGGAGGAAAGCUGAGGCUGGAGAGGCUUGCUUACACCAACACCAUUGUUUACUUUACUUCCAUUCCUUUACUUGCCUAUUGUACUGUUCCAGCUGUCUGCCUUCUGACUGGAAAAUUUAUCAUCCCCACUGUGAACAAUUUUGCUAGCAUAUGGUUCUUGGCACUUUUCAUCUCCAUCGUGACAGGUGUGCUUGAGCUUCGAUGGAGUGGUGUAAGCAUUGAGGACUGGUCGAAUGAGCAAUUCUGGGUUAUUGGUGGUGUCUCUGCCCAUCUUUUUGCAGUCUCAGGCCUACUAAGGUCCUUGCUGGGUUGACACCACUUUACUGUAACAUCAAAAGCAGCAGAAGAUGAAAGGUUUGGGGAACUUUACCUCUUCAAGUGGACUACCCUCUAUCCCACAAACCACUCUUAUAAUCUUAAACAUGGUGGGGUCGUGGCUGGAGUUUCUGACGCAAUUAACAAUGGCUAUGCUCAUGGUCCUUUAUUCGGAAAGCAUUUUUCGCCUUCUGGUCAUUGUCAUCUGUAUCCUUUCCUCAAAGGUUAUGGAAGGCAAAACAGGACUCCUACCAUUGUGGUCCUUUGGUCGGUCCUUCUUGCAUCAAUUUUCUCGCUGCUUUGGGUUCGAAUUGAUCCUUUCUUGCCCAAGCAAACAGGUCCACUUCUCAAACAAUGUGGAGUGGAAUGCUAGUGUUGCUGCCGAUAUCCUUAACCUUUCUCCUGCAUGAUUCUUUGUUCAGCUUUGUCAAGCUUUUGCUUGGUUGUUUCUCCUAAUGUUUUGAAGAAACUUGUUAGUGUAUAGAGGUUAUACUCAAUGUAGUCCUUAUGUUUCUACUCAUGAUGUUUUAAUUUGAUGCCACCGGCAUCAU